AUGUUGCCCACAGCUCAUCUGCGACCUCCCAAGGCGACAACGGUGCCAUGGUACAGGCAGGUCCAACUCAGGAAGCUUUACCUCAAUAUGGUCUUCCUCUUCCUGGGAUCUACAACGCUCGGGUACGACGCCAGCUUGCUGAACGGUCUCCAGACGAUGCAAUCGUGGCAGGGCUACUUUGACCAUCCCUCCGGAAGUCGACUCGGAAUCAUCGGCGCCAUGCCCGGCUUCGGCGGUCUCUUCGUCCUGCUCUUCGCUCCCUACAUCGCCGACGGUCUUGGCCGGAAAUGGGGCACGGCCAUCGGCUGCACCAUCGUCAUAUUCGGCGCCCUACUGCAGUCCUUUCCCGAGGGCGCCGGCUCCAAGAGGGACGCCGUGUACCUCAUCGGCCGCUUCAUCGUGGGGGCCGGCUCCAAUAUCUCCAACGCCACUUGCCCCCUCCUGAUCACCGAGGUCGCGCACCCGCAACACAGGGGCAAAGUCACGACCCUGUACAACACUCUUUGGUACCUCGGCAGCAUAAUCUCGGCAUGGACCUGCUUCGGUACGCUAACUAACCAGUCCGGAAACAUCCAAUGGAUGCUCCCCACAGGUCUGCAGUGCCUGAUGCCGGGAAUCCAGCUGCUGUCCAUCUGGUUUCUCCCGGAGAGCCCGAGAUGGCUAAUCAGCAAGGGCAAAGAGGCCGAGGCUCAACGCGUCCUCGUCAAGUAUCACGGCAACAACAACGAGAGCGACGAGUUCGUUCGCUGGGAACUAGCCGAGAUCUCGACUACUCUGAGGCUGGAGAAGGAGGCUUCCUCGCAGAACGGAUGGAUGGAGCUGGCUCGCACCCCCGGCAAUCGCAAGCGCUGUGGGCUCAUUAUUGCGACGGCUAUCUUCUCCCAGUGCAGUGGAAACGGCCUGGUUUCGUACUAUCUUUCCGUCAUUCUCGGUACCAUCGGAAUCAAAGACUCGGUCACUCAGUCAUACAUCAAUGGCGGCCUUACAAUCUGGUCCUGGCUCGCCUCCCUUACUGCGGCCUUCUUUGUUGACCGAAUCGGACGCCGCGUGCUCUUCCUCUUCGCUGGCGUGGGCAUGUUGGUUUCCUUCUCCAUCUGGACGGCCUGCAGCGCGGUAUACGCCCAAACCGAGUCGUCAUCGGCGGGCAUCGCCGUGGUUGCCAUGAUCUUCGUUUUCUACGGUGUUGCCGGAGCUGCCUGGCCCGGUCUGACCGUGUCGUACACGGUUGAGAUCCUGCCCUUCAACAUCCGCGCCAAGGGCCUCAACCUGUGCUUCUGCUUCACCGCGCUCAGUGGCGUCUUCAAUCAAUGGGUCAAUCCUCUGGGUCUCGAGCAGUUGCAAUGGCGGUUCUACUUGGUCUACGUUGCUGUCCUUGUUAUCGAGUGCCUAGUCAUCUACUUCUUCUUCGUCGAAACCAAGGGCCCGACACUGGAAGAGAUUGCCAUGCUCUUCGAUGGUGAGAACUCUGCGGCUGGAGCCGCCAGAGUCCACGCUCAGCAAAACGUCAAAGAAGUCGAAAAGACGGCGGUGGCAUGA